AUGCCCGCCCUGUCUGCUAGCGCCGGGGCCACGUAUGGCACGGCCGAACCGAAACGGUCCGGGCCCAGUUCGCCUCGUCGGCUCACGCAAUGGUACAUGAACAUUGCAAUGAUCAACUUUGUCGAGUUUGCGGCCGAGUCCUCGCGGGGCGUCGUGCUGGCCACGCUCUUCCUCUACACGAAAUCCCUGGGCGGUGACUUGGCCUUCAUGGGGAUGCUCACGUCGCUCUUCUCCGUUGGACGACUCAUCUCGUCCACGGUCUUUGGCUGGAUGUGUGACCACUACUCGUUCCGCUCGGUCUACCUCGUGUCGUCCGGCAUUUGCCUCGUGGGGAACCUCCUGUACGUGUUUGCCGAUCAGCACGGGGCCGGCAGCUUGACCGCUCUUGCGAUCAGUCGGUCCAUCGUGGGCUUUGGAGCUGGCAAUCGGAGCGUCUGCCGCGCCGACGUGGCCUCGAUCACGACCGUUAACCAGCGACUCACGUACCUGACCAUGCUAGCAACGGUCGUCUUCUUUGGCUACGCGCUGACUCCUGGGCUCGGCAGUCUCGUGGCCACUACGGACACGUAUGUUUUGGGCAUUCACUUGAACAAGUUUACGUCGCCGGGUAUGAUUCUCGUGCUGUUCAACCUGAUGACAAUCAUUGGCAUGUUGACUGUGUACGAUGAGUCCGUUCAAGUGCACGACGGUCCAAUCGAGUCGGCCAGCACAAACAACACGCUGAGCGACCCAACAAACAUGCCCGAGCGCAUUGUGAACAUUGGCGCUGCCGUGUUCAUCUUCCUGAAUUUCAACGCCCGCGGCAUUUUGUCCGUGUUCGAGACUGUGAACAUCCCGCUGUUCAUUCUAGCGACGGGCAAGGAUCCAGACAGUGUGAGCGCCGUCGUGGACGCGUCGAACUUCCAGUUUUACCUGGGUCUGCUGGGUCUGCUCACGUACUUUUCCAUCGAGUUCUUCCGCCACAGUCUCCGAGACGUGAGCUGGGUUCAGCUUGGCUUUGCGCUGCUCCUCGCAGGCAACGUACUACUCGUUGUGGGCCCCACGCAGCUCUCGUUCUCACGACUCGCCCUUGCGGAGCUACUCGUGUGGAGUGUCGGCUGCCCGAUCACGACUGCCGUGGUGCUUGCCGCAUUCUCCAAGCUGCUGGGUGGUCGCCCCCAGGGCACGCUCAUGGGCUUGCUCGGCUCGGCUGCUUCGGUCUCGCGGAUCGUGCUGCCACUGCUGCCUGCCGCCAUCCCGUCGCUCACCCCUGUGUUCUGGAUAAACAUCGUCCUGUGCGCGCUGAGCAUUGUCAUGCUGUGGUGGUAUAGUCGACUAGUGCGCAAGACGAAGCUGGCGAUGCUCGCCGACGUUGAGAGCGCUUUCCGCAUUGCGUCGCCUCCCAACGACCCGCGGUCUCCGCUUGGCUCGGACAAGGUGGACUUCCCCGACAAGUAA